AUGGUCGACGAUACAGAUGCUAUCAAGGCAAAAAUUCAGGACCAUUUGGUCUCUCUGGGCAACUACGAGAUCAUUUCCAAGCACCUCAAGCUCAAGUUGUACGAGAGUGGUUGGUUCGACGAGGUGUCUCAAAUUGCAAGCAGAGAGCUUCAGAAGCUGGAGCUGGAGGGAUCCAAUUUCGAGAGUCUUUAUGAGUUUUUAAGGCCAAAAGCAGAAGAAAAGGUGCCAGAUUCAGUCAAGGAAGAUGUCUUGGAGAAAAUCAAGCAGUACCUAGAUGAUGCGAUUCAGUAG